UAUUCCGCCAGAAGCCCCAACAUUUAUGCUUGCCCGCCAGAGUCGAUGUUCAAUCCUUUUUUCAAGUUCUUUGUUUCGACGUACAGUGUUCACUAUGGGUAUUAUCUCAGCCUCUGUGAUAUCGCCCCUAUCGCGUAUUUACACUAUGAAGCUGCAGCUUGGCUUCACAGCCACCCAGCUACAGCCACUCAGCUCCCGACCCCGCUUGUCAGCCUGAUCGCGACAGUCCUCGAGAAUUCGAGCUUAAGUGUUCAGCCUCUCUCCUUCGAACGCAACAAAACAACCUAUCAAUACUCUCAUAUAUUCCAUGUUGACUGCCUUACUUGUCGGCCACUGUUGACUUACGUCUGACGUUCAUGGACAGCGCUUACAGAGCCUGAUGCGCCAGGUAUUCGCCGCGUCUAGUGUCGAUCAUUGGCAUGGUCUCCACGUGGUAAUCAUCGAAUCGAAUAUCCCGUGCCCCGUAGUAAUCAUCGACUCCUUCGAAAAUGGCGCAACUUGCUGUGCGGCCAGAUCAUCCUAUUGACUUCUGGGCUCGCGCAGCUCACAAACUAUCAGAUCGCGACAAACAGCACUUCAAUCUCAACCGACCCGACAAGCUCAACAUCCUUGCCGAGCUGUAUGCAGAUGCGGAAAGAUGCAGGCAGCGCUCUUUAGAGAAUAGAUGGAAGUAUACUCGCAAGAAUGGGGAGACUGUCAUCAUACGCGACGUGCUAGAGAAGAUCAUCCGGUGGGUCGACAUGUUUAAACAAGUUGGCGAUGUUGCUGUUCAGUAUGAUCCCGUGCAUGCUUCCUUGCCGUGGGCGGGCGUCCGAUUUCUGUUGCAGAUUGCGGUCAACGAUAUUAACAAGUAUGCUUCGGUAGUUGAGGACCUUGCGCGCAUAGCCGAAUUGAUAUGUCGCUUUCAUCUCACAGAGCAACUGUAUCUUUGGGGUACUACCACAGCUGUGAAAGAGCUGGAAAAAGCUAUCAUUAUCUUGUAUACGAAAAUUUUGGAACUCUUGUGCAAGCUGAAGCGCUAUCUCGAACAGAGAACUCUCAAGCGUACUAUGAAAAGCGCCUUACUCACGGACAAGGACCUUGGUUCAAAUUGGAAGGAGGUCGAGGAAGCAGAAGGUCAUGUCGAUCGAUGCAUCAGUCUCGUAGACAGGUCUGACGACAUGAAGAAUCAUGAGAAGCUGUUAGACUUACUAGCACGCAUUAACCAGCCGUUACGGAGAAUGGACAACAACUUAAGAUAUAUGCAUGAUGACCUCGAGACGAUGAAACGGACAAGAAUUGUCCAGUGGCUCUCACCGGAGCCAUAUCUACAACACCAUAAACAAGCUCUGCAGGGCGUCCUCCCAGGAACAGGUCAAUGGCUUCUAUCCGAUCCCGUAUUCAAAGCAUGGAUAGACGACAGCGCAUCUUCGAUUCUAUGGCUACACGGCAUCCCAGGAUCCGGCAAGAGUAAACUUGUAUCCGUGGUAAUCCAAGACGCCAUGGCGCGUUACGAAGCCGGAAAUACCCCUCAUCCGGUCUUCUUCUACUGCUCGCGGAACCCUACAGAACCAACGCGUUCCGACCCCCAGGCGAUCCUUGCCAGUCUCGCCCGACAGCUCUCGUGUAUAGAGCCCGGCAAGCCCCUGCUCAAGCCCACCGUCGAUCUCUUCAGCAAAUCGGAGGAUGAACAAUUUGCGUCUGGCUCGCUUCAGAUGGAAGAAAGUUUUGACCUCGUACUGCAGCUCAUCGAACAAUAUCCAGUGGUGACAAUCGUAAUAGAUGCCAUGGACGAGUGUAACCCUGACAAACGGCAUGAAUUGCUUAAAGCUUUGGAGCAGAUAUUGCAGAGGUCGUCUACGCUUGUGAAGAUUUUUGUGUCAAGCCGGAACGAUCAGGAUUUGGUGUUGCGUCUGCAGCACUAUCCCAACCUUGAAAUCGACUCGCGCAGGAAUAGUGAUGAUAUUGCGCGGUUCGUGGAGGCUAAUGUAGAGCAGCUGAUUCAGGAUGGCAAUCUGUUGCAGUACAGCGAUUCCAGGGUGGAUAUGAAGAAGCUUAUCGUGGAUAAAGUUAUUGAAGGUGCCGACGGGAUGUUCCGUUGGGCGAGUCUUCAAUUACAAUACCUCUGCUCGUUUGAGUUAGACGACGACAUCAAAAGCAACCUAGGACGGCUCCCACCAGACUUGAAUACUCUUUACGACGAGCUCUACAAAGUCCUGUCUACCAAACCCGGCCGUUUCUCCGCGAUCAUACUUAAAAACUCCCUCUCCCUACUACUGUGCGCCCAACAGAAAAUGAGUACAACAGAGUUUAUCUCCGUAGUAUCAGUCGACACUGAGUCCGGCACCGCGGUAAAGAUAACCUCCAAGGAUCUAGUCCUAAAAAUCUGCGGCAGUUUUAUAGUCUUUGACCAGCAGAUGGAUACUUUCCGUCUUGCUCAUCUGUCGGUCCGCGAGUACUUGGAACAGCAACCCAAGUUCAGCAGAACCAUGGUCAACGCUCUCGCUGCGGAGAUCUGCCUCUGGAAUUUGUUAUCAUUCUGUCCUCGUGGCGGUGCUACCGAGCAUAUCAUGAACCACGUAGGCUGGCAAGCUACAACACUAGAUUCCCAGCCCGACAAGCUCAAGACGUACUCAGAUCGAUAUUGGGUCGAACACUGUGCUCGAGCGCGAGAGCAAAGAGACGACAAGAGAUUGAGAUGCAUACUCCGACAUGUCUUGAGCGGAUCCGGUGGACUAACAUCUCCCAUCGCGUUAUGGGCAAGGCGUAUCCGUGGUUUAGACCUUGACGACGAUGAUCCAUCAGGGAGCAAAGACACUCAAAACCCACGUAGCUCCGUCGAGAGGUGGGCUGAUCAAUCGUCAUGGAGCUACGCUACAAGAGACCAGGUCUCCACAAACUCAUUGUGGAGCAACCACACUCAAAACCCGCAUAGCUCCGUCGCGAAGUGGGCUGAUAGGUUUAAACCCGAGUUCUGGGGUUACGAUCUUAGUCCAUGGCGGCGUAUGCCGCGCUCGAUUCGAUCCGAGAUGUGUGUCGGCCUUCUCGUCGCUUGCACCUUCAACCUCAACGAGUUCAUACCGGAUAUGGUUGAGGCUUCGAUGGGAUCGAUGCAAAAUGAGGUGCUAUACUACGAUAUUCCUCUACUCAUCUCCAUGCAUCAAUUCAGUUACUCCAGCAUCGAAGCUUUGUUAACAACGAAUCCAGACCGCAUGAGGAUCACGGAAAAAGUCGUCGAUGAAGCUAUCAGAAAGGACGACGACGCCAGAGCACUCACGCUCCUUUUCCAGCACCACGAGCGCGAUAUACCGAUUACGGAAAAAGCUUUGAUUGCGGCUGCUAUGAUUCCAGACGGCCGCGAGGCCAUGUCACUUCUUCUCGAGAAAGGGAGAGACAGGAUUUCGAUUACUCCAGAGGUGGCUACUGCCAUUAUUGGCAAUCCUACGUUUGGAAACGACAUCUUCAAACUCCUUCUCAAUCAGCGUGGAGAAGGCACGCAUGCGCAACAAAUCGUGCUGAUUGCGGCCAUGAAAACAAGGGAUAAAAGUGUUGGUAUGGACAUCGUAGCCAUGAUCCUCGACCAAUACGAAGCCGAAAUCAAGGUCACAAAAGAGCUAGUAUUAGCGGUAAUGAGAUCGGGUCAGGGCCAUGACCCAAACCGCAGAGAGUACUACUACAUGUCGCUGCUUCUCCGUCUGGCGAAAGCAGAGCAAAAUCUCGCAGAAGACGCGAUAUCCGUCGUCGCCGAAUCUUUCGACGAGAGAUUUGUAGAGGAGUUCCUUGGAGACAGGCCGACGACCAAACGGAUCGCAAGGGCAGCGGCGAGGAACCAAACACAUGCCGUUGAGGUCAUGACCUAUCUGCUCAAUCGCAAAGGCGGCGCAAGUAUCCCAAUCACCGAAAGCAUAGUGAAAGCCGCAGCACGCAACGAAACCCUCGGCGACAAGAUCAUGGUCUACCUAUUUUUCCACAGCAACGAAAGCAUCAAAAUAACCGAAAGUAUCGUCAAAGCAGCCGCGCGCAACGAGAAUCUCGGCCACAAAAUAAUGACUUUCCUACUGACUCGAAGCGGUCGACAUUUUCCGAUAACAGAGAAAGUCAUGACGACAGUGGUGCGAAACAGCAAUAGCGGAGCGAAAAUGAUGAACCUUCUCAUCGAACAUAGAAAGAAGGAUAUUAGAAUCACGAAGAACGUCCUCGAUGAAAUCUCGUCGAAUCCGUUCCAGGGGAAGUUUAUUAUGCUGAAUUUAUGUCAUAAUGGACUUGGAACAACUUUGCCUGACCACCCCACGGUCCGUCAAUACGAGAAGAUGACUCCGCAACUGGGGAGAUUUAGAUUCGGACAUAAUUGGGUGUACUUUGAUAGUAACGGCAUGUACUGGUAG